AUGCCAGGUCCCCAGGGGGCUGGAGGAGCCCCCACCAUGAGCUUCGGCAAGCUCUCACCCGUUGGCUGGGUGUCCAGCUCACAAGGGAAGAGGAGGCUGACAUCGGACAUGAUCAGCCCUCCGCUCGGGGACUUCCGCCACACCAUGCACGUGGGCCGCGGCGGGGAUGUCUUCGGUGACACCUCCUUCCUCAGCAACCAUGGCGGCAACUCCGGGGGCACCCACCGCUCACCCCGCAGCUUCCUGGCCAGGAAGCUGCAGCAGGUGCGGAGGGUGGGGGUGCUGCCCCGGCGGAUGGCCUCCCCGACUACGCCCUCACCAGCACCGCCUGCCAUCUCUCCCAUCAUCAAAAACGCCAUAUCCUUGCCCCAGCUCAACCAGGCCACCUAUGACAGCCUUGUGGUGAGCAAGCUCAGUUUUGACAGCAGCCCGGCUUGCUCUACGGAUGGCAAUUCCAGCUACGGCCUGGACUCCGGGUUCUGCACCAUCUCCCGCCUGCCCCGCCCAGAAAAGUCCCGAGACCGUGAACUCGAGAGCUCCUUCUCCUCUGGGACUGAACUCCGCCGCUCUGACUCCCUCCUGUCCUUCCGUCUUGACCUUGACCUUGGGCCCUCCCUCCUCAGUGAGCUGCUGGGGGUCAUGAGCCUCUCCGAAAACCCUGCAACUGAGACCUCCACCCCAGUGCCCCUCACGAACCCCCCAGCUCCCACCUCAAACCCCCCAGUUUCCACCUUGAACCCCGCAGCCCCUGCCACCAAUUCUCCAAGCCCAUGGCCCCGUGGACUCUGCCCUAAUGGGUUAACUGGGUCAGGCCCAGAGACUGAGGCGAGGCCCAACCCAGUUGCAGGGGGAUCCCGUGCACCUGCUGACAUGGCCCCUGGUAGGCACUGGGGAGCAGGUCGGGCAGGCAGCCACCACCACACCAAUAUGGAUGCCCGGCAGGAGUUGACAGAGGUGCUGCCCCAGCCCCGGGCCUCCUGGGAGAGCCUGGAUGAAGAGCGGGGAGCCUCCCAGGCCAGCAGCUGGGCCCCCGUGCCCAGCACAGUCCAAGCAAACACGUUUGUGUUUGCCGAUGCUGAGGAAGACGAUGAAGUCAAGGUGUGA